AUGGGCGGCAAACGACAAACACCGGACAUUAAUAAAAAUGGGUGUUUUGACUUAAAGUCCGAGCUGGCCAAGUACGGCGAGUACCAUUCAAACAAACUCAAUGUCUCGAUCCACAUGGUGUUCCCCCACGAGCUGUUCAGCUACUCGGCCUCUAUCGCUUCCGCACUAUCUCAGAUCCCUGGCCCCAACCCACUACUGAAUUUCACCACUCUGGCAAUGCUCGGGUUCAUCUCCUUCUACGUAAUCCUCGAUCCAUUCGCUGGUCUAUUGACUGUGCCAAUCAUCUACGCGUUUCUGGUAACCGCGCAGCAGUUCGUCCUGACAACGCCCAAUGGAAUCGGCUUCGUUGGUCAUGGCGUUUUUGAAAAGCGCGCUCCGGCUUUGCUCAAUAAUCUCUUGCAGGCCCUGGUCAUGGCGCCAUUCUUUGUCUUUCUCGAGGUGUUGUUUAUCUGUGGCUACCGCCCCGGGCUGCAGCGCGAGGUGCGGAGCGAGAUCGGCAUACGAAUCCUGAAAUUCCGCCGUGAGCAGAAGACAAAGGCCGUCGGCAGCGCCAAGGCUACAAAUGAAGCGGAAUGUGCUUUUGUAGCCUCCCUCUGAAUUCGGCUCUCCAAACAUUGAAUUCGUCGCGUUCAGUUUCAAAAAUAAAUUAAAAUGAGAAAAUGGAAUAGCAUCGGCUGCGCAUUUUAUAAUGUCUUUCUGCAACAUAACCAUCACCGUCCCCAAUAUGUAAGGCUGUCGCAUGUAACCUUGCACACGCGCUUGCUUUCCAAUAUGCACACAGGGCAAACCAUCCAAAUGUACCUUCAAUUUCAACUCGAGCCAAACAAAGAAAAAGUGCCGACAAGUGGCC